AUGUCGUGGAGCGAGAGUGUGGAGGCUGAGACCUUCUUUGAGGCGGUGGAGGACCAGCCGGCUUCAGAACCCGAGUCUCCACCUGCUUCACCCGACAGCAGCGCCAAUGACAUCACCAACGACAUCGCCACUGACGUAGCACCCACCAGGAGAGGGAGGUGGAGGCCAGAGAUGGCAGCACCCAAAGGACCCACUAGACCAGAGACGGCAGCACCCAAAGGACCCACUAGACCAGAGACGGCAGCACCCAAAGGACCCACUAGACCAGAGACGGCAGCACCCAAAGGACCCACUAGACCAGAGACGGCAGCACCCAAAGGACCCACUAGACCAGAGACAGCAGCACCCAAAGGACCCAACGAACCCACGGAGCAGAGGCCCAAAGACAACACGCCGACUGAGGAACCGCCACAACCAGCCAAGAGUCCCGAGUCGACCGUCGCUCAGGGAGGAUGGGGUUACUGGGGCAACUGGGGAAAGUCCCUCAUCUCCACGGCUACUGCAACCGUGGCAACAGUCGGGCACGGCCUCACGCAGGCCAUGGAGAAAGCAGAGACGUCUUUGGGGAUCCCCAGUCCCACUGAGCUGUCGGCACGAGUGCAGGAGGAGCGCGCGCAAGAGGGUGAGGGCAGCACUGAGGCAGACUCUGCUGAGGCCUCGUCCCCGGUGUCUGGGGCCAUGGGGGUCUUCUCAUCGCUCAGCAGCGUCAUGCAGACCACCGGGAAGACAGUGAUCAGCGGCGGUCUGGACGCGCUGGAGUUCAUCGGUAAAAAGACGAUGGAUGUGAUCGCGGAGGGAGACCCAGGAUUCAAGAAAACCAAAGGACUGAUGCAUCGAGACAACACGCUCUCACAGGUUUUGCGGGAGGCGAAGGAGCGCGAGCAGAUGCAGAGCGCGGACGAAGACACUGACUCCAAACCUGCCGCUCAUUAUGGGCUGUUGUUUGACGAGUUCCAGGGUCUGUCCCACCUGGAGGCGCUGGAGAUCCUGUCCCGGGACAGCGAGGCCAAGGUGAAGUCUGUGCUGACCACUCUGUCCGGGGACGAGCUGUGCGAGCUGCGAGCGGAGCUGCAGCAGGUGAAGGACGCCUUUUCUCUGACCGACUUCGACGAUGACGACGUGGACGAGACAAAAGAUGAGGACGGCUCAGAGUUUGAGAGAGCUUUAACCACAGACCUGGCAGGACUCAGCAUCUCCAGCACCGUCGACAAACUCACACUGGCCUGCAGAAACACGUGUUCACAAAUCACAGCCUUCAACAAACCAGAGAGUGAAGCUUCAGCAGACCCCACUGUGGAGGAGGUCCACGCCGCUGCCAUCCGUGGUUUGGCUGAACUCACCGCUCGCUCCAUCGAACUGUUCCACAAACUCUCAGAGAUGGUUCUGUUCACCAACGGAGACGUGACGCCACAAGUCCUUUCACAGUUGACAGUGGUUUUGUGCAAAGAAAUAUCACUACUUUCAAAGAAGUUCACGUCAUGUCUCACGGCCGCAGGGAGCAGUGAGAAAAGAGACGUCCUCAACCCUCUCAUCACCGCCGUCUUCCUCGAGGCCUCCAACAGCGCCUCUUACAUCCAGGACGCCUUCCAGCUGCUCAGGCCCAUUCUGGAGAUCUCCCACAUCGAGGGAAGAGCCCACUAA